AUGGGGACCCGCGUGAUUUGCGUCUCGCCCUCGCCACCUGGAUCCAUCACAUCUACACUGUCAUCUUUUUCGGAAACACACUCUCUAUUCUGCUCAACCUCACCCUUGCCAUCAAAUACAAGCCUCAAGACAUGUUUCACACAUCUGGAACUCAAAAGCCGAACUCGUGCUGCAUGUCAGUCCACAGUUCCUCGGGCUCACAAAAGACGGAAGAGGAAAGGAGCAGAUAAGGACAGAAGAAGAGUUCAGGUCGGCGAUCCGAGACAGAUUUGUGCAAGUACACUCGAAGGAUGUGAGGGGAUGAGAGUUAGGAAGCAGAAGGUGGAAGGAUGUGGGGACAGGAAUGGUGAAGUGAAGUUACAGCAACAGGAAGUAUCGAAGAAGAAGAAGACGAAAAUACCACCCAUAAACACCCCUCUCAUCAUGUCCGUGGCGGCUGAUAACGCUGCGGUGAGGUCUGGAAUAGAUGGUACUGAGGAGCAAUUCAUGGAUGACGAAGUUCAAAUGAGCAAUAUUGAUGAGUUCAUCUCAAUAUGGUUUGCCUUGGGCCACCUGAAAAGCGACAUUCCCUUCCCACCAAUUCCCGCACGCGACGCCUCACCCAACGAAGUCUCUAGCCUCGCCCGCAUCUUACACACCUGGUUAACGCACGAAUCGAAACCCGACAUUCUCAGUGCCAUUACAUACGGCCGUAGCCUCGGAAAACAGCUCUGCCACGUUUGUCUGAGCAAAGGUAUCAUAGAUCAAAGCCUGUACAACUUGGUUCGUGAUAUCGCAGAUUUCUAUGCGGCGUAUGUUCAGGACUUGGAGGAUGAGGCGGGGAAAAGUCUGAGUAAGAGGAAAGAGGAAAGCAGGGCGAGAAAUGGUGGGCAUGGAAGUAGAGGUGGAGAUGUGAAUGAGAAGGAGAAGAGGAAGGGCAUGGGCGAAUUUCUGGAAAUGGUGUUGGCUAAUGAUAGAGGUAGUAGUAAACUUCCCGGGUGGGGACGCAUGAUAUGGGAGGGGAAAUUGUUGUUUGCGCUGUUGCAUGGGGCGACGGAGGCGAUUAAGGGUGCCUUAGGGGAUGCUGCUAGGAAGGGAAUCUGA